CAAGUACCGCGUCGUUCACUUCCGGCGGCAAGGUGAACGAAAGGUGACCGCACGAAGGCUGCCGAUUCCAGUCAAAUUUCGGUAUGGGAGGCGGUGGGAAAGUCCAAAUACCUGACUGGAGACAGUAUAAAGUUGAAGGGAUAAAAGAAUUAGAACAACUGCGGAGUUUAUUGGCCGCCAGAGGCUUGAAGGAUCCAUGGAUACGAAAUGAAGUGUGGCGUUAUCACCCUGACAACUUCCAAGGAGUAGGAAGGGCGGCAAUGAAAAGUGUCGGAAAGGGCUUCAAGUGGGCUUUCCCAGCUGUUGUCAUCACAUUAUUAGCUCAGAAGUUUAUUUUCAAAAAGGAUGAGCAUGGUGGACAUUAAGGGAGGCAACUCCAGCCAGACAGUGACAUGAUUUGUAAAUGAAGACUUGUAUCCCAGCCGUGUUGACUGACUGCACACUUAGUUUGCACUGAAUUGUGGCUGUCAGUGAGACAACAAUGAUCCCACUGAAAGAUUGGGUAGUGUGAAUCUGUGCUCUGUUAUAUAAACACAAUAGUUGUACUUGAAGUUUGAAGAGACAAAUAAAAAAUCAUAAGCCA